UUACACUUUUUUUACACCAAUAUUUUCGUCAUUCAAUUGAAAUUCGGUUGAAUGUGAAAGAUGUUUAAUUGUUGUAAUUUAAGUAGUUCGUUUACUACUAAAGUCCUUUCUAUUACCAGACCAGCAUUCACUCACUUUACCGUCAUAGUUGUAGAGUCAAGUCAAGUCAGCUAAUUUUGAAUCGAGACCGACAAUAAUAAUAAUAUUAAAACUUGAAUUAACCUACGUUAAUUCAGUUUUAUUGUAUUUACAGUAUGAAAAUGUGAUACCUAUAGUAUACCUACUCACUAUUACUUGGAGCCCAUUAAUAUAAAUGGGAUAUUGCAUUUAAGUAAUGAAGUCAUUAGCGUGUGAACUUCCCAUAAUAAUAGUUAACCCUUUGCCGGUUUCAAUGUGUGUAAAGUUCUACGUGAAGUGAUCAUUGAAUGAUCACUCUUGAUAACAAAUCAUACACAUGUACUAUAACACAAUCUAACGUUUCGUGGAACUUCAAAAAUGUAUAAUUUUAACGUCGCGUACAUACUUUUUUUUACUAGUCACAUUGACUGAUUUCAUAAUAAAAUCUACAUGUGAUUUUCAGUGUUUUGGCCUCGAUAAAAAUGUGAUAUUUUUUUAAGACUUUAAAAUCUACAAGUGUUUUUUGAGACGCUAAUUACGUUACGUCUUACAUUGUCAGCCAUUGUUAGCCACUAUUCUCAUGGACGCAUCAUUAUUAACCGGUGUACAUAAAUUACAGACGGAAGGAACAACGACAAACAACGAAAAACACUUUUGUAAAUGAAAACCGAUAUGAAAAAUUAACAUGAUAUCAAAAUCGUUGUUCCGGUUUGGAAUCCCAUUGGGAAGUGCGACUGUUUUAACGGCGUUGUUAGAUUUUGCCGUCUCCUGUUACUGGUUCCUAAACUAUUUAGGAAGUUUUGUCUACACUCACACGUAUGACGACGUGCCUAUCGGAUUUCGAACUAUUUUCGGGUUGUGUAUAAUUUCUCUGAAAAUUAUUUUGUCGUUCUUUCUUUGGGGAUUCAUUUUCCUGGGUAGGCGAGGAAUCCUCCUUUCAUGGUUACCGAUCUCCAUUAUUGCAGACUUUCUCUUCGUAGGCUUCGGUGUGUAUAACACCACCCACGACUUGGUCUCGGACGAAAUAUGGUUCAUAAAUUUGGCCGUCGUUGUCAUCCUUCGCUUUUAUAUUACCAUCGUCCUCCUGCAAGCUUUACGACGACUCUUACAAAACGCUAAGGCGGAAGAAGCUUUAAAAACUGAUGACAUUAGCCCAUCUCGAAAAAACGAACUAGAAUUACAAAACUUUGACACAUCAACGAAACUAGAAACUAAUACGACACAGUUCAACAAAAAUGACAUUGUUGUUGUGGUGGAUUCAACAAUUCAGAGCCAGAAUAAUGCUUCCGAACCGGCAAGUUCACCCAAAUACUCGCCGAGGUUCUUGCUCAUGGAACCUGUCGGAGAAAGCAUUGAUAAGAUUUUCGAAUUUUACAAUGACAUACCAAGGCUCGGAGCAGCGAUUUUAGUAAUGUUCGAAUUUAUUUGGAACAUAUUUGCUCUUAGUUCUCAUGCACUCACUGAGUUCUUAUUGGGUGGAGGAAUGUUCUUCAUUAAAGAGGAAGAAUUGCGAAUUUGGAGGAUCAUUCUAAAUCUGGUUGGACUGCUAUUUAUCUUUAAGAAAAAGAAAACUUUCCUCCGUUUCUGGCUGAUUGCGUAUCUCUGGACUUUAUUCGCCAGCCUUUGCAUCUUUGUCUACGUCUUGGCAGACUGGCUUUACCCUCCUGUGGUUCAAAUAAUUAAUGUUUGUGCAUUUUUCUGUGGAGAUAACUCCAUUCGAUUUGGAGUCGUAUAUUUUGUACUGAGAACAACCAUUCAGCCUCCGGCAGCCACCCCUUCCAGUGACCUCAGCCCAGCUGGGUCGGGAGGAAUGCAAGUUCGAAGUAGUCAAGCAAACAAUGUGUUCAGAUCACAUAGUCUAAAAAGCCAAACCGGUCCUCGCAUUAAAAGAAAUAGUUUAUCCAAAGCUACUCGGAAGAAAUACGGCACCCGACGACUUCAUACAUUGACUGAUCCAGAUUUUGAAAUUUAUUGAAAUUUGUGUACCUUAUUUUUUGCAGAAAUUCCAUCCUGCAACGUCUCAGAGAGAUAUUAAGUGGAUCUGAUUUAUUGAUAUGUAUAUUUAUUAGUAUUUUAAUAAUUUCCUGCCAAACUAAAAAUUUGGCAGCUUUAUUUAGUCAACUUAAUUGACAAUCCUACGAAAAUGACAAUAUGUGAUUAUGUGAUAAUCAAUUAUAAUAGAUGCCAUAAUUUUAGUAUACGCAAAAAAUACCUCUUGUCAACAAUUAUAUCACACAGACUUCCAAUUUGUUUCGAUUCUCAUUAUCCGUGAUUUUAGGUUAUACAUAAACUUUUUAAAGCUGUUUAUGCAUUACUAUUAUUGUUAUAUUAUCUUAUUAUUAAAAUCAGGGUUCGGAAUACCUACUUAUUAAGGUCAAAGUCAAAAAUUUACAACCCGUGAGUUUUAAAGGGACUUUUGGGUUUUUUUAGUAAUAAAUUCAACAAAAAUUGUGGCAACUAUUGCGAAUUAAAUUAUGUACAAAAUUCCGGAUUUUCGAAAAUUAUAAUGACGACUUGUGUCUUCCUCCCAGUUCUUGCAAAACGACAAUUUUGUUUUCGUUACGAAGGGUUAAAUUCGAGUACAGUACUCGGAGUACUUGAACCAGUUUUGUAAACUGAUUACUAUUGACACGUGAAUAAAGGUCUAAAUCAAUUAAAUCUAA